GUUCUGGGUACAAGCAUUGUUGUGGAUGGGCCAUUUUAGCAGUGUACAAACAAUAUCGAUGUUUACAAGCAAAAUCGGCUGGAUUUUAAUUUUAAUGAGCAGCAGUCUAGUAACAAUUAAUGCCAAUAUUAUUGUGUACAUUUCUGCAUUAAUCCCCAAGUGAGGAAAUAAGUCAAGUUGAAAAAAAGACUGCAAUCGAAUUGCAAUUAUCGCUUCCGUUGCCUAAUCGAUACUCGUAGCCAUCCCUAAGUGUUGAUUUUCUAAGCGAAAAACUGAAGCUUCUGUUGAAUAAAUGCAGCAAACUGUUUUAUAAGCGAGCUGGAGUGAUGCAAAGAAGAGCCAAGUGAGUAACGCUUCGAGACAAUAAACCAAGCCGCGCAUCGUUCGCAUGGACUACGAUAACUUGUCGUUGAAUCUUGCUGUCGGAGCUGGAGGAGGAGGAAGCACUGCGACCGGCGCAGGAGUAAAUAAUAAGAAACCAGAAGCCAGCGAAGUUGAUGGGAAUAUGUGCGGGAGCCAGGAGCUGUUGGAGGUGAAGGCCAAGGAGAAGGCGCGACGCUAUUGGACGCCCAGCGAGGAGGAGCGUCUCUAUGAGAUUUGGGGCCGGGAGAACUGGCGUCUCACACGCAACGGCAAGAACACCAUCUUCUUUGGCCAGUGGUCCGAGGAGUUGCGCGAACGAUACGCCGUCGACGUCAAGCCCGAGGAGAUACAAAUGAAGGUGAAUCAGACGAGGGCCAAAUUUCGGAGUGUGAAGAAACAGCUACAGAAUGAUCCGUCGAGUUAUCCGAUGCGCUGGAAGAAAUAUGACAUUGUUAAUCGGAUUUUAAAGAACAUACACAGGCCGAAGAAUGCGGAACCGUUGCCACCCGAUGUGCUGCUCAACAAUCGGGAUGUGUCGCCCCCACGCGAGGAGGAGCAAAAUCAGCAACAGCAACAACAAUCGCAGCAGCAGCAGCAGCAACAGUCUCAACAACAACAACCGGGUCAGCAAUCGGUGCUCAAUUUGACAACGGAGUCGGUGGGUAAUAAUUACUACAACAGCAACAAUAGCAGCAACAGCAACAACAGCAGCAGCCACAAUAACAACAAUAACAGUAAUAAUAAUAAUAAUAAUAGUAGCAAUAGCAACAACAACAACAAUAGCAGCAUUAGCUUCAAUACGGAAUUGUUCACGGAUCAGUAUGACGAUAUCAAGCAGGAAUACGAUGAUGAGGAUUAUCGCUCGUUGCCAUUUCAGGAGCAGAUGCAACAGUAUUCACCAGCCGAGCCCAGCCAGCUGCUCGAGCUGCAAACACCACAGCAACUGCAACAGCAACAGCAGCAACAACAGCAGCAACAGCAGCAAUUUCAACCUGGCUACGAACUGAGCUAUGCUGUUGGCAGUGGACACCACAACAACAACAACAGCAACAAUAAUAAUAGCAGCAACAGCAGCAGCAGCAACAAUGUUGCCUCCACGUCGUCGUCCAUCAAUCAUCAGGCCAUUACAGCCGUGGCAUACAUCAACAGCACCAACAACACAAUCAGUGUUGCCACCAACAACAGCAAUGGUGCUGCGAGCAUGCAACCGCCCUCGGUUGUUGCCACCAGCAGCAGCAACAGUUGCAAUGCUCUGGCACCAACACCGACGCCACGGAAACGUGGACGACCCUUUGGUUCGAGUAAUCCGCCGGCUGCUGACUCCUUGGAGUCGCUCUACUUGGAGGAGGUGCGUCGCAAGAAUCAACUGAUGGCGGAACAAACGAAAAUCUCGCGACAGCGCCUCGAGCUCGAGGAGCGUAAGGUGGAUCUGCUGCAGACAUUCUUUCCCAAGUACUUGGAACAGCAGGCGCACAUCUUGGCGCGUGUCAUGCAAUUGCCAUCCCUGCAACAACAGCAACAACAACAACAACAACAGCAGCAACAACAACAACAACCGCCUCCACCGGCAAAUUAAAAUCACCUUUCAAAACACGUGCAUAAAUUAAUAAAUAUAUAUCCCGACUCCCGUGUAGCGUUCUAUGUUUACCACUUAAACUAGACUUUAAGACUUAAAAAAAUAAUAAUAAGUUGUAAUUUUGUAAACCUAAGCAGCAUUCGACGAAAUGAUUUGAUUUGAUGUUGUCAACAUUGCUAACAUGUCCUCACCACAUAUAUAGAUUUAUAUAUAUAUAUAUGUUUUCACCCGUAGUAUCAUCUUUCGAACGAACUCUGUUUAUACUAAGCAUAAUUCUAAAUAAAGAUUGUAAAAUUGAC